UCGCUCCACCACUCAGCUGGUGUGUGUGUCCGUCAGUCGGUCAGUCCAUCAUGUAGGAUUUGGUUGUGGGCUCGUUGGACUUAAUUAAGCUGCCGGUCCAGCUCCAGCUCGUUACUGGGAGCUUGUUUACCAAACAAGACGGCCGUGAGAAACCAGUUGUUACGGUAACAGAAUCCACGUGUGUAUGUGAGGGGCGGAGUCAGCCAGGAACCCUCCCCAAGACCCUCCCCCUGACCUCGAGACCUCAAGCAAACUUGGGACACCCAAGAGAUUCCCUCCCUCCCUCCCUCUCUCUCGCUCUUUCACACACACACACACACACACACACACACACACACACACACACACUCACACACACUCACUCACACACACACACACACACACACACACACACACACACACACACACACACAUACACACACAGGCAAAACGCCGGAGCACACUACUCAUAUUCUCAUAGCAGCUUUGUGGAAGGGGUGUGUUUGUGUGCGUCUGGGUGUGUGUGUGUGUGUGUGUGUGUGUGUGUGUGUGGCUGUCUGUCAGAGCGUUUCCCAUAACCGCAAGAGGAGGUUUCUGGAAGUAGGUGUGAAUGUGUGAGUGUGUCUGUGAGAGAGACGGAGCCGUGCCGUUAGAACCGCUUGAAGACCACCAAGCUCUGUUCCGCGCUGGACUUAACGAGAACCUGUUCUAUGGACGUGCUAAGCUAAGAACAGUUCACCUGAAAAUUUUCACGACCGAAGAAGGACCUAGUAGUAUCAGCGGACGUUCCAGUUCUUGUGGCGGGAUUGGGGUUCUCUGGAGUUCCUGCGCUGUUCUAAAGCGGAACCAUGUCUCCGUUCCUACGCAUCGGGUUCUCCAACUUUGAGAUGGACCCGGGCCUGGCCUACCAUGAGGAAGUGUCCAACCCCUACUGUGCUGUUUACAUGAAGGAGGCAGUGGAUACAGAGAAAGGCACGGUGUACAAGCAGAAGCGGCCCACCAUGUACCCUCCGUGGAGCAGCACGUUCGACGCCCACGUCCACCCGGGCCGCGUCAUGCACGUGGUGGUCAAGGACCGCACGGCCAGCCUGAAGACCGAGGCCACCGUCCAGCUGGACACGCUGGCCACGCGCUGCAAGAAGGAGAACGGCAAGCUGGAGAUCUGGGUCGAGUUGAAACCACAGGGUCGCCUGCUGAUGGAGGCACGGUACUUUUUGGAGAGAAGUGAUACACCUGGUCACGGCGAGGGCGAUCGUGAGGGCGGUGCGGAGCGCGAGGGAGACGGCCUGUUUGCGCUGCACCAGCGGCGGGGGGCCAUCAAGCAGGCCAAGGUGCACAUAGUCAAGUGCCACGAGUUCAGCGCCACCUUCUUCCCUCAGCCCACCUUCUGCUCCGUCUGCAAGGAGUUCGUCUGGGGUUUGAAUAAACAGGGAUACCAGUGCAGACAGUGCAAUGCUGCCAUCCACAAGAAGUGUAUUGAUAAAGUCAUUGCCAAAUGCACUGGCUCUGCCAUCAAUAGCAAGGAAACUAUGAUCCAUAAGGAGCGCUUUAAGAUCGACAUGCCCCACAGGUUUAAGGUGUACAACUACAAGAGCCCCACCUUCUGUGAACACUGUGGCACGCUGCUAUGGGGGCUGGCUAGACAGGGGCUCAAGUGUGAGGAGUGUGGCAUGAACGUGCAUCACAAAUGCCAGAAGAAAGUAGCCAACCUGUGUGGGGUGAACCAGAAACUGAUGGCAGAGGCCCUCGCCAAGAUCGAGAGCACACAACAGGCGCGUGGCUCCAAGGACAGUGAGAUCAUCGGUAGGGAGGGGCCCGUCGGCAUUGGGCAGCCAGGAGUGGUCAGGGAGCCGUCAGGGUGUGUGACCACCUGUCUACCUGUACCUGCUACAGCUGGGAGGAAAGAGCAGGGUAUCUCGUGGGACGCUCCAGUUGAGGGGGUGCAGACCGUAACCACGGUGACCAGCGUGGAGCCCCUCUACGCUGUGCCCAAGAAGGAGAUGCACAAGUACACCCUGGACAACUUCACACUGCACAAGAUGCUGGGCAAGGGCAGCUUCGGCAAGGUGUUCCUGGCGGAGCUGAAGGGCGCUGGUCAGUUCUUUGCGGUGAAGGCGCUGAAGAAGGACGUGGUGCUGAUGGACGAUGACGUGGAGUGCACCAUGGUGGAGAGGAGAGUGCUCUCACUGGCCUGGGAACACCCCUUCCUCACACACCUCUACUGCACCUUCCAGACCAAGGAAAAUCUCUUCUUUGUGAUGGAGUAUUUGAAUGGAGGAGAUCUGAUGUUUCACAUACAAGCCUGUCAUAGAUUUGACAUACCUAGAUCAACGUUUUAUGCAGCAGAGAUUGUAUGUGCGCUUCAGUUCCUGCACUCCAAAGGCAUUGUGUACAGAGACCUGAAGCUGGACAAUAUCCUGCUGGACAUGGAUGGCCACAUCAAGAUCGCUGACUUCGGCAUGUGCAAAGAGCAGAUGCACGGGGAGGCCAGGACCUCCACCUUCUGUGGGACCCCAGACUA